AUGCCAAAGGAAGCGACACCUUCGAGGAACCCAAUGGUACCGCCCCAACGCGCGGCUCGCCGGUCGACAGGGGCACGAAGACCUCCUGCGCAGCCCAUAGGGACUUUGCCUGGAAAUGAGGGCGGUGGUCGUGAACCGACGUCGCAACGGCCAAUGAAUAUUCGAGAAGUGCCGGGACGAACCUCUCACGUCUCUAAAACCUCGAAUCAAAACGACUCGGAUGAAAAUUUCGAGAUCGUUCACGCUCACUGUAGGAAGGCAAUCGAGAAAGCCGAUGCGGUCAACCGACAGUUGACGACUCGUUAUAAUGAGCAGCGGCGUGAAGUUGCAGCCAAUGCACAGCGGUUCAACAGGGAAAGAGCCGAGAUGAUGGGCAAUUUAAAAAAGCAGUCGGACGAGGUACAACGCUUGAAUGGAGAAGUUACUAGGCUAGAGCAACUUCUCGAUACGGCCAACUUGAAUGCCCGGAACUUGCUCUCGCGAACUGAACUGCAGCAGACGCUGGAUGACAUUCAUACUGCCGCCAGGUCUUUCAUGACCCAUCUCGAAACCAAACUGGACGAGAACGAAACCAAAAUUGAUGAAAACGGAAACGCGCAGAAUUUCAGCCAGCUGCCGGGAAUAGAUGUGACGGGCGACUGGCUAGACAUAGAAGCGUUCGAUGUGAAUAAUCCCGCGGAGACCUUUGCAGAAAUGCCAGGCACCAUGUUUCCCGCCUCCAACCUGGAUGGCGUUCCAAAUAUCUAA